AUGCCAAAGCAAAAGAAAAAAUUCCAUGUUAAAACAGGACUGCAAUUAAGAAAGUAUUGGGAACAAAGAAGAGGGAAAUAUUGUGAUAAUGAUAAGUGCAGAAUCCCACAGGAUGAAAGUCCUUCAGAAAUAAUAUCACACAUCACGUCAGUUAAUUCGAUACCAAAAUUAAAUCGUAAUGAAAAUAGUGCAGCAGCAGCCGCAGAUACACACUUAAUGUCCGUAGAAGUAAAUAAACAUGUUCAUUCACAAGAUAUUGAGCCACAAAGAGUCAGAGAAAAGAGUCCAGAACUUUAUAUUGAAAUGGAACAACCAGAAAAAAAAUUAAAGUGCCUUUAG